AUGACUCGCAACAUGAACGAGGCAAUUCAGGCUGUCAAUACUCUCCAAAAUCCGUCAAGCGUCCGGGAUAUUUCCUUCCGUGAGGACGUCGAAGCAUUUGCGCUGAAUGUGUCCUUGAGCAUGAUCAACGAUGCUUCGCUUUGUAUCAAAGUUCCUACCAAUGUCACCACGUUCACCUCUGCGGUUGUCUACGCCUACAACCCGCAAAACCUCCUCUUAUCGUACGGGCUUGCCAUUCUUGGCAGCACUAUCGCCAUUUGCUUUGGAUUGUUUGCGAUGUGGAACAACGGUGCAUGCUAUGACAAUCGAAUGUCUACUUUUGGCACAGCGAUGCAGGGCUUCGAUGUCAAAGAGGUGUUCGAGGAUUCUAAAACACGGGCGGCACAACCACUAAGAGGUCAAGCUGCGAAGACGAAGCUGAUGUUCGAUGCGGAAGAAGGUUUUGUACUUGGCCAUCGCAAGCGGCCCAGCGAAGGCUCAACUAUCUCCAGGGCUGGGAGAGACUGA